GCCACCGGUCGUUGUCUGUCGAGCCCCGGCUAUUUUUUAUUCAUUUUUUUAUAGUAUAUAAGUGUUAUAUACUAAUUUAAACCAGUUACCCGCUGCAAAUAAAAAUAAAAAUGUGGAAAUUUUAUACUACAAUUAUUGAACGACAUGGUGCAGGCAGUCAGUUGAGAUUAGUAAGGGAUUUCUCAGUGGGUGGAAUACACAGUCAGCAGACCCAGUUGGAAUUGUUGGACACUUCGACGCCUCGCAUCGAUGAGAAAUGGCAACAGGCCAGGCCCUAUGGAGAAAUGCCAGGUCCCAGCACAUUGCGAAUGAUAUCUUACUUUAUGCCGGGAGGAGCCCUUCGCAACACAAAUUUGAUUCAGAUGAACCGCCGCAUGAGGGAGAUGUAUGGGGAUAUUUAUUGUAUCCCUGGUAUGAUGGGAAAACCGAACGUAGUCUUCACUUACAACCCAGAGGACUUUGAGGUGACUUACCGCAACGAGGGCGUUUGGCCCAUUCGAAUAGGUUUGGAGAGCUUUAAUUACUAUCGAAAAGUCCACAGACCCGAUAUUUUCAAAGGCGUUGGUGGGCUUGUUUCUGACCAGGGACAGGCUUGGGCUGAUGUACGCAACAAGGUGAAUCCUGUUCUUAUGAAAGUACAGAAUGUCCGUCAGAAUCUACCGCAACUAGAUCAGAUAUCUAAGGAGUUCUUAGACAAAUUGGAAGCUCUGAGGAAUCCAGAAGACGACACCCUGAGUGCCGACUUUCAUAAUGAGCUCAAAAUGUGGGCCUUCGAGUCCAUUAGCUUCGUGGCCUUAAAUACCAGAAUGGGAUUGCUAAGUGAUCAUCCAGAUCCCAAUGCUGCUCUUCUGGCUAAGCACAUGGGUGACUUCUUUAGCUACAGCUUCAAGUACGAUGUGCAGCCCUCAAUUUGGCCAUAUUAUAAAACACCUGGAUUUAAAAAGUUCCUUAAAACCUACGACGAUAUCACCGAGAUUACCUCAAACUACAUAGAGACCGCAAUGAAACGCUUUGAUAGCAAUGAAAAUCGCAAGACCAAGUGCGUUUUGGAGCAGCUGCUGCAACUUAACAAACAAGUGGCUGUGGCAAUGGUUAUGGACAUGCUAAUGGCUGGAAUCGAUACGACUUCUUCCGCGUGCCUCACGGUACUCUAUCACCUGGCUCGUAAUCCCUCAAAGCAAGAGAAAUUGCGUAGGGAAUUACUGUGUGUAUUGCCGAACACCAAGGAUUCGUUAACGGAUGGGAGUACCAAAAACAUGCCCUAUUUGCGAGCUUGUAUCAAGGAGAGCCUGCGUAUUACCUCCAUAACACCCGGAAACUUUCGCAUUACGACCAAGGAUCUAGUGCUGUCGGGUUAUCGGGUGCCUCGUGGCACCGGAGUCCUCAUGGGAGUGCUGGAACUAUCGAAUAGCGAUAAGUACUUUGCCCGGAGUGCCGACUUUAUACCCGAGCGGUGGCUGAAGUCCGACUUAGCUGCCGACGUCCAGGCGUGUCCGGAAGCUCGAUCCCGCAAUCCCUUCGUGUACCUGCCCUUCGGUUUUGGACCCCGCACCUGUAUCGGCAAGAGGAUUGCCGAGCUGGAGAUCGAAACGCUUUUGGUGCGACUUCUGCGUAACUACAAGGUCAGCUGGCUGCCCGAAACGCCGCUGCAAUAUGAAAGCACCAUUAUCCUGUCUCCCUGCGGCGACAUUCGCUUCAAACUGCAGCCAGUCGGUGAUGCAAUGUGAUUGAUAUUAGUAUCCUAAGCUCAAGUACAGACUUCCGGUUAAAUUCAGAG